CAAAACCGCAUUUAUCGACGUACUACACUGCAGUCAUUCCGAUCAGGGUUUUGAAUACAUGAGGGAGUAUAUGAAAUGGCGUUAAGCAUGAUGAACUCAGAAGAAUGUCGUCAGUUUUUCAAGAUCUUUCUGCCUCAUCAUACCGAUACUCAAAUGAGGAUACCUCCGGCAUUUCUCAAGCUUUUUAAGGUUUCUUUACCAUUGAAGGCUAUUCUUAUGACUUCAUCAGGAAAGUCAUGGGAAGUGAAUAUGAAGAAGGUUGAUGAUGAUGUAUAUUUGCAAGACGGGUGGGAGAAAUUUGUGAAAGAUAAUUCACUGGAGUUCGGUGAUUUCCUGAUCUUUUAUCAUAACGGCGGAUCAAAUUUCUUUGUUAGUAUAUCCGGGAAAAAUGGUUGUCUAAAGGAGAUUGAUCUGGAAGAAGAUAGCAAGAGUGAAAAGCAACCGAUACACGUUCAAGUGAAGGAACCAACUGGAACUGCCGAACAGAAGACAGUUUUGGGUGAAGAAAUUAGUAAAUUGUCAUUUGAAGUAAGGGUACAACAAAGAUAUAUGACACGGGGAUAUCUCCCCAUGCCACAAGUGUUUUAUGAUGGUGUGAAAGAAUAUAGAGGAAUGGCUAAGCUUCAGCAUCAAGAUCGGACGUGGGAUGUGAAGGUGGAUAAAUAUGGGGAAAGAAUUCGGUUCAAUGAAGGGUGGAGCAAGUUUUCAGCAGAGAACUGUCUAAUAGUUGGAGAUGUUUGCUGUUUUAAGAUGAUUGAUAUAAAGCCAGAGUUCUAUCUCAUGGAUGUGGCUUUUUGCAGGGAGUAUUAGUGAUGCUGAAUACUACACAAGUUGUGAUAAAUUCCCAUGGGAACAGCUCAUACAUAUGAUGACUUUCUACAUGAGGUACAAACUACAA